UUUAAUGUGACGGAAGGUGAAGCAACAUGGAUGAUUGGGCACAAUAUAAUUCGUAAAAAUGAUGACAAUAGCACGUAUAAUUUCGUCGUUCGACUUCGUGGAAUACCUUUUAAUGCAUCGGCCGAUGAUGUCAAGGAGUUUUUUAAUGCGUUGAUUUGGGGCUUAACUGAAACUUUUAUUGUCGUUGGUUUGGGCCCGGAACUGCUUGUAUCACAUGAACUCAGCUGUCAGAAUUGGGUUACUGGUUGCGUGGAAAUCCUGCAGAAUUCCGAGGUAUUCGGUGUUCUGGCGAAUGAGCCUGUGAAGGGGUCCUGA